AUGACGACUUUCCCGGGUGAUAACACGAAUAUCCCCAAGCGACUAACAGAAUGUCUGGAGUACCAACCACUUAACUUCUUGGUUCCCAAAAGUGGGCUUUGCGAGCUUUUGAGAUCGUCUCUGCACAUCACGCCUGUACCCGAUGAGAUCGUGUUUGGCGAGCAGGAAGCUAUCAACGACACCGACAACGAGAGAUCGGGACCAAUCGAGCCCUUCGAGCUGAAAGAGGGGCUUAAAAUACAUUUCAGGGCAAUAGAACCAGUUGAGGGCAAUGGAAAAGACGAUUCGAGGGAUCUCUUUGAGGGCCUGUCUGAAGGGGCGCGAGAUUUCCUGAACACUGCAUGUCUCGAGGAUUUCGGGAAGAGAUCUCACUCGAGUGAUGACGAAGAAUACCAAGAAAAAGAUUCCCGAGACCUGAACGGUAGCAAUGGAGUGGAGAGAGUGUCAGUUGAUGUGGAGCUGAGAAUGUCGUCGAAGAAAAGAAAAGCUGGGCCCCGAGAGGCUUCACUCGAUCAAAGUGCCAUGCUCUCUCGGUACGUGGAGGAGCUUAACGAGAUCGUAUCCGAGAUUAAGGCUAUAGAAAAUAUGAGUGACGAUACAGACCGCAUGUACUGGACACGAGUUGACAACAGCAGGUCCAUUUCGGAUGCGUGUCUUGAAAGGAUAGUAAUCAUCUUAAAGAACGUGUCGAAAUCUGAAGAAUUCAGCGGAAAUUUUGACCACGCAGCGCUGAGCCUACUGCUGAGAGCUUGUUCAGAAAGUAUCGACGCAAUUUUGAAGGCCGAAGACUUUUCAGUUUUUACCAACGCCGCCUUUAAGUGCGUCUCGAUAAUAUUGAUGGUAUUCCUACUGGACAUGGAAGACAAACGCCUAUAUCUUGAGAGAUAUCUUGUGUCCGCAAUAUUGUUUUUACAAAGAGUCAGUGGAGAUUUGAGCGAAGACUCGAGAAGCAAUAUUGCUACCGCCGAUAACUGCUUGCAGCUCAGAUCUGCAUUAUCCCUGCUAUCUUUUUAUGUUCACAAAAAGUCACUUCAAGAAGAAGAGCUCAUCACCAAGCUGGUGUACCUCCUUUGUGAUUUACUGACUUUCAACCCAAUUCAAAUACAAGGAAUGGCCCGCUUGUCUACGUGGCUAGAAAGUCUGAAAAGAGAAAGUUCAGCUGGACUCAUAUCCCUCUUUCAAAAGCUUCCGUCACAACGGCAUUUCAUAUUGGAUGAGCUGCUAUAUAGACUCGAUACACUCCCGACCAACAGAGUUCAGAAAAAGCUGCAAAAGGUCGAUAAUCGCCUUUUCGCCACACAUCUGUAUGUUUCCAUCAUCAGAAUGCUUCAGUCUAUCAACUCAACUUCCUAUCGACCCAAACCGGAUGACGUCUCAGAGCAGACAGUUGAUGAAUUUCUUCAAAAGUUCAAAGAGCAACAGAUGCAACUGUCGUUAUUGAUUGAGCAUGUCAACCAAUCUGUGAUCAGCAAGUCCUUCAUGACUAACGCCACAAAAAGAUACAUUUUGGACAACUAUGUCCAGGAUUUGACUGCAAUGGUCGUCUACCCGAGUUGGAGCAUUGCCGAGAGCCUUCUGGCUUCUUUGUUGAAAAUGAUGCUAUUGAUAUUCAGUCCUUCCAAUCAAAACCACUCGGUCAAAGAGGCAUCGGUACUUCAAGUAAUUACAAGCAUUGGUAGCGUUGUUCAAGAAAUUAAAUUGAAGGGCAAAGAGGCAGGAGGUUUAACAUUAGCGAGUAUUCAUAAGAGCCCGCAAUUAUUGAACACCGUGCUAACACAUUUUAACCUCUGCUCGUCUUCACAGACAAAAAACAACGACGAGCAUGUUUCUCUUUGGGAAAGAAGGAUGGCUUGCUUGGUCGCUCUGUCUGAUGUGGAAGAAAGUGGCUCCGAACUGGAAAAGAUGACGACCGACGCAAUCGCGCACUUUCUAAAAGAAAAUUUGAAUGAUGCUUGCGAAGAGGAUCUCCGACAGGAUUGUGACAGUGUGCAAAAUGGACAGCUCAAUUAUUUUGCGGUUCUUCAAACAUCUGAGCUGGUAAACCUUUUCGAUCCAUAUGUUAAGCUCGUCUUGUCUCUUUUGGACAAGCAAAAAGCCAAAUUGAAGUCGGGCGCCAUCAAGUGUCUUGGUCCACUAAUAGCAAAAGAUCCCGAGUUGCUCACAGUCCCAUCAGUAAGAAAUGUUAUUGAGCAACAAUUAAGAGAUUCUUCGCCAUCUGUCAAAAGUGCCAUUUUAGACUUACUUGGUUCUGUCCACUUCUCAAAGUUGUAUCGCCUGAUAAAUCUGAACUUCGAUGACGAGAGUACACUCGUUAGAAAACAAGUUUUACGGCUCAACCUGGAAAUAUAUGACAGCGUUACUGAUGUCAGCAUUAAAGCAUUUGUUGCCAGCAGAAUUCUGAGAAGAACGGAAGACGAGGAGGAUACAAUAAUCGAGAAGGCUCAGACAUCGUUGACCGAGCGUUGGUUUCUGGCCCGCGCAAAGGAAGACACAAGCGUAGAGGAUGAAAAGGAUAAACUCGGAGAGGUUAUACUCACAAUAUCCGCUGUCGUUGGUUUAGAAGAAGACGGCUCUCAGCUUUUCGAUAAUUUUUUGAACGAAUACGUUCUCAAUGAAGCGCUUCAUGAACGUGAAACAUUUGAUGAGAUCAUUGCAUCUACCCGACGAAUUACUUGCAGGAUUGUCGACGACGCCAUUAAUUCUCAUUAUAACAGCACUGAUGAGCUAUGCCGGGAGUCAAUCAACAUGUUUCAUCUGCUAUCCAUUGUGGCAGCUUGCGAUCAAGCUUUUAUUACUAAAGAUCACAUUACGACUCUUUAUCCCUACCUGCUUUCCUCGGAACGAUCCGGCCUACAAUUCUAUAUUUUGAAGGUCUUCAACAGCAGCUUUUCGAAGCUCUCAUAUUUUAAACCUGCGUUUCUUGUCGAGCUAGAGAGCGUCAUUCUGGGAAGGCUGCCAAAAAUGAGUGUUAGGGAGAUGGAAGAGGCCCUGCCACUCGCAUGGUCAAUUGCCUGCCAUCGAAACAAUGAGACAAGGAUCUCUAAGGCAUGCUCGUCUUGUCUUGCUCUAUUGUCCCCUUACAUUAAUUCAUCUGGCAAAGGCCCUACUGCAGGAAAACCAGAUGGCAAAUUACAGCGGUUACUGUACCUCGCUGCUGGGUUUGCGAGGUUUUGCAAUUUCAAAAAUACACCACAGAGAUUCCCACAUCUCAAGACAAGAGAGCCAAUCUUUGAAUACGUAACCAAAUGCAUACUUGUCUUCACUAGGCCCGAGGUAGGAAAGGAACAAAGAAGGAUUGCGCUUAGAAACCUUUUAAAGAUUGGCACAGCAUAUCCUAAGCUGUUUAACUCAGCCCGAGUACUAGAAGUAAUUGACAAGGAGCUUGCUAUGAAAAACCUCGAGACCAAUUUGGUGGUUAUUCAAUGUCUUUGUGAUUUUUUUAUCAAUGAAGAGCGAAAAACUCUGAAAUUGACACGUCCAGUGCGGUAUUCAACGUUGAAAUACCAAAGGAGUAAAUCCUUUGAUGCAGAUAGGUCGAGUGAUGCUAUUUCUUCAGCUGUAGCAACUCGCUAUUUGAAAGUUGUUCUUGAAAUUUCGUUAUUGGAAGACUCUUCUCAAUCUUGUAUUGGUUUGAGAUAUAUCGAGCUAGUCCUCGAUUUUGGAUACACGAAUCCCGCGAAGUGUAUAUCUACGAUAAUGGCGCUAACGGGCUCACCUCACAACAGCACAAGAAAGCUAGCUUUGACGGUGAUGGAAAAUGCGUUCAUGAAAAAUACCAGUAUGCUGUUCGGCAAUCUCAGCACGGGAAUGAAGUGUGCUAUUGAACAUGCAAAGUGGCUUCAAGAUUGCGGUUUUUCUAGUAAUACAUUAUUUCUACCGGAGGCUCAAGUCGUUUUGUCCAACGUGGGAAUGAAGCAUUCUAAGUUCUUCAAUUCUUUAAAAAAGGCACUAAAUGCAUACCUGACAAGCACCAAAGGACCUUAUCCCAAAGAUCAAAUUAUCGCUUUCUGCUUUAAUAUAGCCGCUCUUACUUUUGAGGGCUUAUAUGAAGUCUGCAGUCUUGCUAGAUUUCUGGACAACAAAGCGGAAGAUCUGUUCGAGCUUUAUGACCGACAUGAAGAUAACGAUAUGAUGUCACCUUCCUCUGCGACUCGAUUGAUGGUUGCUCGGGAGUGUCUUUUGGAGCUUCGAAUGUACCUAUGUCAGAAGUUUGGCGUUACUGACGAAAACGUCGCAGCAGUGGGCACAUAUGAGCAAGACGAACUAAAGGCAAGACCUGCGGAGCCGAAGAAAGCGGCAUUGAGAUUUGUAUUUCCGCCCGUGGGCUUCGACGCGGAGAAGCUAGCCAAAAAUUCAUCUUCGCGAGGUAUAUAG